UUCGAUUCGACUCGACUUUUUUUAAAAAAAGAAGAAAGAAAAAACAGAAAUCGAUCGACGAGAUGGACGCCGGCGGCGGCGGCAUCCUGGGCGCCGUCGUCUGCUUGCUUCUGGUCUUCGCCAUCUUCCCCCUUCUCCUCUGGCGCCGCCGCUCCGACCACCUUCUGCCGCCCCAGCCCCAACCCCCGCUCCAGGACGAACGAGUGCUGCGCGGAGGCCCGGCGCCGCGCCGCAUGCGCCGGAGGCAGGUCACGCCUGCCUCCACCAGCCGCGAUGCCGCCGCCGCAGAGGAUGACGCAGAGAGUGACGACGACGACGAGGGUGACGUCCACGAUGGCCAAUAUGUCCCCAAGGGUUCCAAGAAGAAGGAGAAGAAAAGGCAAGAGCGAGAGGCACAGCGCCAGGCUGAAGAAGCGGCACGUGAUUCAAGGAGGACUAAACAAGAUCGCUAUGCAGAAAUGAGGAGGAAGAAGGAUGAAGAGCGUGAGGCGCAGGAGAGACUUAUGGAAGAAGAAGCAAUGGCAAGGAAAGCGAAAGAGGAGGAGGCUGCUGCCUUGGAAUUUGAGAAAUGGAAAGGAGCCUUCUCGGUUGAUGCUGAAGGUACAACAGAGAGUGAGACACAGGAUGAUGGCCAGGGUUUACUCCACAAUUUCGUAGAAUACAUCAAGAAGCAGAAGUGUGUUCCUCUAGAGGACCUUGCAGCAGAGUUCAGGAUGAGAACACAGGACUGUAUCAACCGGAUCAUUACACUUGAAGGCAUGGACAGGCUAUCCGGUGUGAUGGAUGAUCGUGGGAAAUUCAUAUACAUAUCAACCGAGGAGAUGAAGGCUGUCGCAGAUUACAUCAGGAAACAAGGGAGGGUCAGCAUAUCACAUUUGGCAAGUAACUCAAAUCAAUUUAUUGAUUUGGAACCGAAGCCCCAAUACGAUGAGGAGAGCCAUAUAGAUGAAAUUGCCGCAACGUAGCAAUCUGGUAGGUUGGGUGUCCUUGCUCAAAGUUUGCUAACCUCAGCGAGGACUAAGGAUUUGUAUGAGUUGGUUCUCACAUGGUAAAUAUCAUGAAGAACAACAGUAUGGCUGUGCUUUUGCGGUCUUGUGCUGCCUAUUUUGUGGUUCAUAGUGUUCUUUAGGAACAUGUACUCUGCAAUGCACAACUUGUUACAGGGUUAAUGACUUUGACAUAUUUCGUUGUAAGAUAGGCUUAACCUGAAGGAGUGGGGAUCCAUCAGAUAGGUAGUAAUAUAUCAUGGAUUGACGUAAUCCGAUGGCGAUCCAGAUGGAAGUGUGAAACUCCAAAGUGAAGAUGUUAUAAUAUUGGGCUACAUUGGUUAGUUGCCUAAAAUUGCAGUUA